GGGGGGGUUGAAAGUGCUGCUUUGUGAAUGACGGGAGCGGCGGAGGACAAAAACCAAACUUUACUCAUCAUAUUUCAAGCUGGUGACGCUUUUACGUCAAGCUGAAAAGCUCGGACAGCCCAACAGGCGAUACCUGACCCACAGACACCGACAGAACAAGUCUUACAGAAGCUUCCCUGCCGUGGAGGCAUUUCACAGAAACUGUAACGAUGCUGGUCAGUUUAGCGGGUGCCCUCUGUCUCUGCCUGCUGGGGGCAGUUAGCAGUGACCCCUGCCUCAUCAUCAGCGAGAUCAACGCGGACAACCCCAGACUGGACACUACUGAGUUUGUGGAGCUGUACCACACCAGUGGGCAGCGCGGCUCCCUGGACGGCUACACGCUCGUCUUCUACAACGGCAAUGGCAACAUAGCCUACAAGGUGCUGGACCUUAAGGGCCACUCUACGGACGACAGGGGUUUCUUCUUGGUGGGCUCGGUGGAAAUGCUCCCCAAACCGGCCAUCCUUCUGCCUCCCAACACGGUCCAGAACGGGCCGGACGCCGUGGUCCUCUACCACAGCUCUGCCGCCCGCUACAGCGAAAAGAUGAACGUCACCGCGGUGGGGCUGGUGGACGCCGUCGUCUACAUGACCCGCCGCACCGGGGGCGCCGAGGUUCUGGCCGAGAUGCUGACGCCCGGGGAGCCGGCCUUUGUGGAGGACGAGGCCGCCCUGGAGGGGGACGAGUCCAUCGAGAGGUGCCUGCUCUCGGAGGACCAGUGGGGCUUCAGGGUGUCCUCGCCCUCCCCGGGUCAGCGAAACAACUGCACCCCGCCGGCCACCCCCCCGUCCAUCCCUCUGAUCACUGAGCUGAAGCUCGGCGGAGGACAGGUGCUUGGGUUUGUGGAACUGCUGGAGGCUCCAGAUGCGGGCCCUGUGGUGCUGGUGGUGCUGGAUGGGAAAACGGACACGGUCAGUGUCAGCGUGAACGUGGACCCCUCCAGAAACGGACUGACCUCUGUGACCAUAGAGAAGAAAUUCAUGAAAGGAGAUGAGUCUGGCGCAGUGGCCAUUUACAGUGGCAGAGCUACAGACUUCCCAGUGGGGAGUCCACUUAGCCAGAUACAGCCUCUAGAUGCAUUUGUGUUUGCUGGACCUGGAAACAAGCCAAGUGCCAACCUCACAGAGACGCUCAUCCCAGGCAGACGGCCAUACCAGCUCAGUACCAGGCAAGAAAUUUUGAGAGAGGGAGGCUUCUGUCUCAGCCGCUGUGGUGUGGCUACCUGGACCAGGGAUCCUGGUGUCUUCUGGGAGGCCCCACAAACGCCCGGACAGCCCAACCACUGCCCCUGGCCAAAGAUCUGCCCUCACAGUGUUGUGACUCCUGGGGGUACAGAUUCACCUCCUCAUCUCCCACCCUGGGGGAACAGCGACUUCCUGAUCAAUGAGCUGAACACCGACACGCCCGGCGCCGCCGAGGACGGCGAGUACAUCGAGCUUUGGCAUCCAUCGGGGCGCCGGGUGUCUUUGCAGGGCAUCUGGAUCCUGCUGUUCAGCGCACACAACAACAAACCGUACCGGGAGAUCAGCCUGAGCGGACACUUCACGACGGCCAAAGGCUAUUUUCUGCUGGGCAGCGACCGCUUGGUGCCAGCUCCGUCGCUCCGCCUGCCUCCCAACACCAUCCAGAACGGACCAGACGCCGUGGCUCUGUACCGCAGCCCCUUCGGCCCGCCAUCAGCCACCCAGAGGGGUAUUCCUACCAAGGGCCUGCUGGAUGCAGUGGUGUACCGACAGAGGGGGUCGGACAGGGAGGCACAAGAGCUGAGUAAGGCCCUGACCCCAGGCCAGCUGCCACUGCUGGAAGACCCCGAGGUUCUGCCUGACGACGAGGCUCUGAGCCGCUGCAGAGGCCUCUACCCCUUUGACCUGUCCGCCUUCUCUGUGGCCCCCCCCACCCCUCUGAGGGAAAACAGCUGCCCUCGCCCUCCUCCGGCUCCUGAGGGUGUUGUCAUCAGUGAGGUGGUCAGUGCGCACUGGACCUCUCACAGCCAGCAGAGGGGCUACGUGGAGUUGCGCGGGCCGCCCAUGACGGAGCUGCAGGGCCUGGUCCUCUCCGUGUUCGAGCAGGGCCGCAGCGGGACGGUGAUUGCCCUUCCCCUGACUGGAUCUCUGGACCACGAAGGCUUUUAUGUGGUUGGAAAUGUCACCGAAGCAGAUCAAAGCUUCCCGGUGGGCUCCACUGUGCCGGCCCGGGGAGCAGUAGUCCUGUGCUAUGACCUGUUCAGCGUCUGUAGGGCCGGCACUGCACUGACCAAUUCCAGCCUCAGGGAUGUACUGGUGUUCAGUGAGAACCAGCAGCUGCUGUCCUCCCUGUCCACCACCAGGGGGAGACAAGUCAUGCCUGCGCUACGGUCAGUGAGAGACGGUCCCAUCUCUCUCAGCCGGUGUUCAUGCUGUGAGGUUAGGAGCCCCUCAUCCUGGACCAGCUCGUCUCCCACCCCUCACAGCACCAACCUCUGUCCGAGCCCUGCCUUCUCCAGUCAGAUCGACCUUUGUCUUGGACCACUGUCAAAAGAUUGGCAAGAGCAGUCAGGAGAUUGUAAUAGUUUAAUUCAUGGGAAAAAGGUGGCAGAAGUGGCUGACUACUUGGAGCAGAGAUGUCACUGUGGCAUCUCUGCAUUGUAUCUGCAAGGAGCCAACUUCUCUUGCAUGUCUGGGUGGCUGCGAGUGUGGGGAAACAUCCAGGCGCUGUCGGACCACCAGAAGACCCUGAUCCUCCAGACCUCACACAUGAAUCCCUCCCCUGCUCAGGCAGACGCCUGUUCCUCCCCCACCACCGGCCGCCACACAGGCGCAGCUUCUGCCCUGGGGCUGCAGAUUGGGCUGAUAGUGGCAGUACUCCUCCUGCUGGCGUUAGGCGCCAUUCUGUUGACAUAUUUCUACAGAAGGAGGCGUCCGCUGGACUAUUCCACCAUGGAGCUGAGUGAACAUGCCGAGGGGCUGUCUGAUCUAUAAUCCAGUGUUUUAAUCAGCAUGUGUCCAUCUGGCAGCGCUUGUUGGUUUGGGAAGACUGAGCGGGAAACAGACAAGGGUAAUCAGAGGCUGGGGUGAUGUGUACAUAACUGAUUGUGCGGCUCUUCUGAAACAACUGCCACCAGAAGUGUCCUUCUCUGUCUCUUUGGGAGAUCACUGCUGAUAGUGACUUUGUUUUUGAAGAGUGUGACAGGAUACAUUGUGACAUGUUGCCUGGAUUCAGUGACAUGAAAUCUGGACGCCAAGAUGGUAAAAUAUUUUUGGAUGUAGGUACAAUCUUUUCCUGUGAACACUGUUUGCCUGUCUGGAAAAUUAAGAAGAAAGGGAGUGUUUCUUUUUUAGGUUUGUUUUUUUUCUUAAAUACCUGAAUGAGUCCUAAGUGCUUAUUGUUGGUGACUUGUAUAUGUAUAAAGCCUUUCAAUUUGACCAAGCCUUUGAUCUAUGCAGGAUGCUCCGCUGGUGUUGCAGUGAUUUAACAUCAUGCUUUAUUAUUAUGAUAUUAGUUCAGCUCACGUUUAAUCUUCAAAAUGAAGCCCGCUUCCUUUCCUGCGUCUUGUCUCGGUCCAUACUAGGUAGUAGUCACUCAGAGGGAUUGGUUUUCCCCUAAAUGUGAAAGUCUCUAACUUGUCCGAUUAGUUUCUAACCACUUGUUUGUGCUUGCUCUAAGCAGACUGUUUACAUUUAUCCAGAUUUGAAAAUGAGAAGAGAGGGAUGUGUAUAGCUGAGGUCCUUACUUAAAUGAAGAAUGUUUGUGAUGGCAUAUAAAGCUGUUUCCCGUGUUUGCCCAGAAGAAUCUCCUGUGCCUUUCCUCCCUGCUGAGCAGAUUGCUCUGUCGUUACUAUGGACAGUACCACUUUUUUGUUUCUUUCCUCGUCUGUUGAGUUGCACGGAAGUCUAGUUUGUUUGCAUAAAUGACCUCGGUGGGAUGUUCUCCUUCGUCUGUUUGUCAAGCAGACUUAACCCUGUGAAAAUGAAACUAAUUAACGGUGCGUUAACAGAAGUGCUGCUGCUUCCAUGUGACUAGUUUCUUUUUAAAAGCAGACCAGCAAAGACAGAUUAGGCCUUUUUGGGUUUCGCUGUAAAGAAAAAAAAAAAAAGGGUUCCCCUUUGUUGUUUCUUAUGCAUUAAGAUUAAAUGUAUUUUAAUGUAAACUUAAAUAUUUUACAUUUUGUGUAAUAUGGUGUCUGUAAAAAGCAAAUGUUGUCACUCUUGAUUGAAAUGUCCUGAACAAGCUAGGGGGUUUAAAAAAAGAAAAAGUUUGAGUGAACACAGUUUAGUACGAUACUUUCAGGUGACGCCAUGGAAGUUUUUAUCAUGUUUUUUUUAAACAAAUUUUCCACCUAUAGCUCAAGUUCAUUGUUACAAAAAUGUUACAAAUCAGUAAGAGAAAACAGGAAUUUACAGAUGUUUUUCACUGUCCCACACAGAGAACUCACACACUGAACAACAUGUAACAUGAAACACUGGAAAAAUCUCCAGAGGUCAAGCCAUUUGGUCCAUUCUUCUAAUGUCAUGCACAUGUUGAAAUAAACUAUUUUCUUAAAUGUGCAGUAAGGUUUUUACCAACUGCUUUGUCACA